UUUAAAUUUAAAUAUUUAAAAACAGAUGAUAACUCCCUAAAUUAAAAUUUACGCCAUAUUGGUUUAAAAUAUUGGAUUUUGGGAUAAAAAAUAUAUAAAGAUGUCAUUGAUUGAACUUGGGCAACAAUUGUUAGAUGCUGCACAAAGAGGUGAAACAGACCAUAUCAAACAUUUAAUGUGCAAUGGUGCCCCAUUUACCACUGAUUGGUUUGGAACUACUCCUUUACAUCUUGCAUCCCAAAAUGGUCACGUGUCCACUGCAGAAGUGUUAAUUCAAGCUGGAAUAACCAUCGAUACAAAAACAAAGCUCAGUAGAUCCCCUUUGCAUAUGGCAUCCCAAUGGGGCCACUUACCUAUGGUCCAACUCUUGAUUAAACAUGGGGCUAAUGUCAACAUUCGAGAUAUGUUAAAUAUGACGCCUUUACAUUGGGCAGUGGAAAGUGGGGAAUUAGAUAUUGUGGAAUUGUUGCUAAAAAGUGGAGCAUGGCCAUCAGCACGAAACAAGUUUGACAAAACCCCAAUGGAUAUAGCUAUCCUCAAUUAUAGAGAUGAUAUGAUCACAAUCUUAAAGAAUGCUGAACAACUUCAGCAAAUUCACGAAGAAGAAUUAAUAAUAGAGGAUGAAUCUUUGCAUUUAAACUCCCAAGUUUUAAAUCAAAGUCUUUACAACAACAAUGCUAUUAACAACAAUAAUAUAAACGGAAAUUAUUGGUGUGGGGUGGGCCUCAACACUAUCGGUCAAAUACGUAACACUAACAAAAGGGCAAACCCUGUCAAACAUCACUUAGUUAAUAACCCUUAUAAUAUUUAUCAAAAUUCUUAUCCACCACUCAAUGCUCACAACAACAAAAUGAAUCUUAAUAAUAACUUUUUGUUUGCCCUCAAUAACAAAUAUCGACUCAAACAUCAGCAGCAUCAACAAAAUCAACAGAUCUCAAUUAAGGGUCAACAAUAUCAUACUAAUCCCCAAUCAAUCAGUAAAAUCAAUCAACCCAAUAAUUUGGGCAAUACUCCUAGUCAAGUUAUUAAGCAAGAGUUUCUUCCUUUGGGUCAAAUGGAUCUCCAAAAUAGUAAUGUAGUAAUUAAGUCCGAAUUCACGAGCGAAAAUUAUAAUGUUAAUAGUCCUAGUAAUUUUAAUAACACUGCAUAUAUGACCAGCAUUAAUGAAAGCUCAUCCCCUAGGAAAUAUCUUCAAGCCUUAGCUCGAGAAUUAACCUCCCCAAACCGGUCACAAGCCCAAAAUGAUUUAAAUCAAAUAAGCAUAAACAAUAGUGCUUACGCCAAACCCAAGCCCUCAAACAAAAGGAUCAAAUUAUCUGAUGUCGAUUCCGUCAGCAAUUCAAAUAUCGAAUCCAAAACUAGCAAUAAUCAACAAUUAUUCCUUCUUAUAAACAACCUAAACAAUUCUUCAACGAGUAUUUCUAGCUCCAAUAUUUUGAACCAGAUAAAUAAUUUGAGUUCAUCCAAGGAAUUAGGCGCUAAAACUAUAGGCAAACGCAUUUUGAAUAUUAACCAAAUCAACAAUCUUUUGCUUUGUAAGAGUCUGAAGGUUUCCAACGUGAGCUCUCAUAAUACUAAUAUUAAUUCAAACAUAAUGACACAAGCAAACACUAAUCCAAAUACAAGGAACCACAUAUUUUUGCAAAGUACUGAUACACAGGAUAAGAACCUUAGGGUUUCAAAAUUAAAUGACAUCCUUUCCCAUUCUCAUUUGAAGGGUCUAAACGUUAGCUCGAUCGAUAAUAUUAUGGCAUUUUCCUCAUCAUCAGCCGCUCCUCUGCCUUGCUUUGUGCUUACAAACUCUGGCAAAGUUUUAUCUGACAAGGAAUGGUCCAUGGAAAAAUCAAACAAAUUAAGUAACAAUGAGCAAGGUAAACAGUUUUAUAAAAGGGAUUAUUCCUCCUUCGCACUUAUUUCAACCUCUUCCGAUAACAAGGAUAGUCCUAAUUCCAAAUCUCUGCCAACUAAUGAAUCAUCUGAUAUAAUCACAUUUGAUUCACUUACUGAGAAAGAUAAUUUGCUAUUGGUCGACGAAAAUAAUGACCACAAUUUGUUACUCUUUUCUCCUACUACCGAAAAAACGCUUAACCUCGAAGCUCAGAGAGCUUUGUCCUCACUUUCUAUGCCUCUCAAAAUCAAUCCACAAAUUGAUAAUAAUAAUAAUCUUAAUACCGAUAUUGGAUUUACUCCGAUUACAACAACAUAAUAUUUUGGAUUUUUUCUUCCAAUUUUGGUUUUAAAAUUAAUGAAUCAAUGUUGAUUUAUUAAGUAGCUCAAUGAUUGGUGAUAAUACAAACUUUUAUUAUGAAUAUCAUCUAAUUUC